AUGGCGCUAUUUGUAGACAACUUCUGCCAGUUGCUUCAGCGAUGCUCUGCCGCCUGCCCUACGACAAAAGACUACUAUUAUAAACGAGAUUUGAAUCUGUGUUAUCAUCUGGCGAAACAACCAAGGAACAUAACAGAUGCUAUGCUGUCUUGCUCUGUUGUUGGACGUCUCCUAAGAAUCGACACGCCUCAAAAACAGGCACAUAUUGUUGAAUUUCUAGACUCCUUUUCCGCCUCGCCGACGUAUAUAGGUGGACAGUCUGAAAACGAGACUGAUAUGUUUAUGUAUGACGAUGGCACGCCUCUGAAUUUCUUUAGCUGGCAUCAUGGAAACCCAAGAGGAAAUAAAGCAAUAACAAUGAAGACAGAUUAUAACUAUGCAUGGAACAAUGUUCCUGGCCGUGAAAUCAGGCGAUUUCUUUGUGAAAUCCCUAUGUAA